UUGACGACCACUGCUAUUUAUCCCAAUCAUCACGAGCAAUCAAUACUCAAAAAAAAAGAAAACACGCAAAAAUAAACAAAAUCCCGAAAAAGAGCGUAAAUAGGUGUUCGAGCCGAUUCGAUAACAGAUAUGAAUAAUCUGGGCUCCUCCUCUUUCUCGUAUUGGUAAUCUCUCUCCCCGCUCCCCCUCUUUUCUUGGAUUCCCUGGUACCCUGGUUCGUCCUGAUCGAGCGGUGGUUCCUAUCUCAUCGGGGGAUCGGAGUUGAGAAGAGUGAUAGAGUUCUGGGCUGCUCUUUACAUUCUGUGAUCCUUUGCAUUUGGGCUUGGGUUGGAAGAAGACAUAAAUGGUUCAAAGGUAUGGAGUGUGUUGACGAGCAAGGAAUAUCAUGUUGCACUGCCUAGAUGCGUUCAAGCAUUUAUUUGCUUUACUAUUGAAGUGCUGUGAUAUUGAUUUGUACAAGCAGACAAAAGGCCUUCAGGAUCCUGAACGUUUAGCCAGGGAAACAGUGUUCAGUGUAAGUGAAAUAGAAGCAUUAUACGAGCUUUUUAAGAAGAUCAGUAGUGCCGUCAUUGAUGACGGGCUGAUCAACAAGGAUGAAUUCCAAUUGGCUUUAUUCAAGACUAACAAGAAGGAGAGCUUAUUUGCUGAUCGGGUAUUUGACCUGUUUGACACAAAUCACAAUGGAAUUCUAGGAUUUGAAGAGUUUGCACGUGCUCUCUCGGUCUUCCAUCCAAAUGCUCCAAUUGAUGAUAAAAUUGAAUUUUCUUUCAAGCUGUAUGAUCUCAAGCAGCAAGGUUUUAUUGAAAGGCAAGAGGUAAAGCAAAUGGUAGUGGCUACACUUGCCGAGUCUGGCAUGAAUCUGUCAGAUGAUGUUAUAGAAAGUAUCAUUGAUAAGACAUUUGAGGAAGCUGACACAAAGCAAGAUGGGAAGAUUGACAAGGAAGAGUGGCGCAGUCUUGUCUUGCGACAUCCCUCUCUCUUGAAGAAUAUGACCCUCCAAUACCUCAA